UAUUUGUACUUCAGGGGAAUCCCCACUUCAGAAGGCCACCUUUUUAUCAGUUAUUAGGCAAACGUUUGAGUUUGACCAGUACGGUACCAAUUAUAUACCCUUUAUAUUAAUGGGUGAUAUUAAUAUAUACAGUAUAUGCAUUAUUGAUACUUUAAGUUAGAGUGCAAUCAGUUCUUUAUUGGUAAAUAUAUUUUGGUAAAAUGUCACAAAGCCAGGCGGCUCUUUCCAAGAUACAAACAAUUCUUUCUGUUUGGGAUCAAGGAUCGCCUUCUUCCAGAAAUGAAAUUCUUCUAAAUUUUUUAAACAAUAACAAGGGUAAAACAGCUCCAGAACUGGAUCAAGAAUAUGGGUUAGCUGCAAGUUUGUUUUUAUCCAGAAUAUCUGCAUGGUUACGACUCACUUAUUUAGUUGGUACUUGUGUUGGAACUCAGUUGAAAGCAUUGAAUAUUUUUGUCUCAGCUACUAGUGGGCAUGAAUUCAUGGAAGAAUUUAUUGAAGUUGGUGGAAUUUUAACAUUACUUGAAAUAAUUAGUCUGAAACAAUCAAAGGAAACUGAUAAAGCCGAAGCAUUAAAGUUACUUGCAGUUAUCGCAGGAUCUGGACGCCAUCACAAAGAAAUCAUCUGUGAAAGUUUUGGUAUAAGGGCAAUUGCUGAAUGUUUAGCAAGAGCAAAAACAGAAGAUACUCAAGAUAAUGCUCGAAUCCUAUUACAGCUACUGGCUCAAGGAAAUCCAAAGUAUGAGGUUCAAGUUUAUAAAGGAUUAAUUGCUCUUCUUCCGUCAACCUCACCGAAAGCACAGCAAAUGGCAUUGCAAACGUUGCGAAUUGUUCAGGUGAUCGUAAAAUCCGCAAAUCCAAGUUUAGUUGAACCACUCAUUAAUUUAUUAUCAACUGUUCAUCUUGAGGUUCAGUAUGAAGCAAUUGAAUUUAUUCGAGAACUGAUGAAUUACGAAGUACAAGAUCAAUUGCUGGAAAGUUUAGUACGAUCAUUACGUCCUACAAGAGAGGAAAUUAUAGCAAAGAACAAGCAAUUAGCAGAUGCUCUGUCUGAUGCACCAGACUUUAAAGCACCCUUGCCUGCUUUCGUAAAGCAAGCAUCCUCAGCAAAGACUAUUGGUAUAUUAUGUCGUGAUUCAUCAGAUCUUGCGGAAAAACUGCUUCGGUUAAGAAUGGUUCAUCAUGUAAUGUAUGCGAUGGGAAACACUGAUUUUGCGGACAGUCAAAGGCAAUCUUCUUUAACAUUGGAGUAUCUGGUUCGGAUAUUCCCGUCAGUGAAUGAAGCAGUAAAGCAAGCCAUGGGUGAAGAACUUUAUGAAUUAUUUAUGGAAAAUCCAGAGAAUCUUUACAUCAAGUUAAACGCUGUCCAGGCAGAUGUUUUGGUGUCAAAUAAAGUUAAUAUUCCCGCUGCAUCAUCGGGAACGUAACAUCGAAUCGAGUCAAAUUAGAUAGUACAAGCCUUACUAUUAUUUUUUCGAGCAUGUUUCGAUUUUUUUUCAUAGUUUACCAUUCUGUAAAUAUGUACAUACUUAUCAUCAAUAAAUUUAUAUUUAUA